GCAAAAAAUGGGGUUGUUGUUGGGCGUCGGAACCACCACAAAGCCGGAGAAUCACACGACGUCAGACAGACAACUAAACAAAAGCCAUGGAGGAGCGUGCUGUUUUGGCCAAUAUUGCUUCCAUAAUAACUAAGGAUCUGUUGAUUGAUCAGCCACCCAGGGGCGAUGGCCAAACAGAGAUUUCAUCGAAUAGUUACCCCCUUCUGGCGGCCAGUGAUGACGACGAGGCAGAGAUUUUUGCAUUAAUGCAGCAAAAACGUGCUUCGUCCUCAGAUCUGAAGCGCAGAGAGACGACGGAACCGGCGGAGCCACAGACACCCCAAAAAGUUGCCAAAUUGGAAUGGACAUAUGGGGAUCUAAAUCUGCUCCAUCGCUAUGUGGACGCUCAAUUCGAGUCCUAUUUGCAUAUGCGCAAGGUAUCGUUUCUGAGAAUUCAACAAGCAUUGGCGGACAUACUGCAGGAAAUUACGCUGCCAGGGUACCCGAGCCCGCCACCGCAAACAGUGGUCUCGCUGGCCAUGUGGAAGCUUGCCACCGACGAGCACUUCGAGGAGAUUUCCAGAAAGUAUCAGCUACCGUGGGCACUCUGUCAACAGGUAGUGCGUAGCUUCUGGAACGUUAUAUCUGACAACUAUGAGAGCUUCAUCAAGUGGCCCAACUCCCUGGCGGCACAGCAGAGCACACUGCAGGGCUAUCAAAGCCUGCCGCAGCUCAAGUGCUUCAAAGAGCUGUUCGGCAUCAUAACGUUGAAGCGCCUGGAUGUCUUCCUAGAGUCGGAGCAUGCCGAGGUUCCCGUUGUCCUGCAACUCAUCUGCAAUGCCGAAAAAAAGAUCAUCGAUUGCUAUGUGGAACUGGCCCACGAGUACACAUUCGAGGAGUCGCCAAUUGGCCAAACACUUGCGUUGAACCCCAGGACAAUGCCAGCAGGCAGCUACCUCAUUGGCAACAGUGUCUUUCCGCUCAAAUCGUAUUUGAUGCGACCCAUCGAGUCGGAAUGCUUUCGCAAGGAUGCGGUUUUCAACGAUCUGCUAAAGCCCGCCUUCCAGCUGGCCGAGGAGGUCCUCGACGCAUUGGCUCGUCGUUUCAACACUCUGUACGCCCUGGAGGCGCGGGAUCUCAACGAAGUGCGACUCAUUAUGGAGAGCAUUUGUGCCAUGCAUAAUCUCAUCAACGAUGAUUACCUGGACCAGUUGGCGGUUUCUGAAGGGCAGACCCAUUUCACCUGGGGCGGCAUAGUGGAUGACAUUAAAGGGAGUGAGAGUAACACUAAAGGUCUGCGACGGCGUGUGGACCUCAUGGAUGAGUUAGUGUCCAUGGAGCCGGGGGAUUAGGCAUAUAAAAUUAAUUUAAGAAUUAAAUUUGAUGU